AAGUGAUGGAUUAACGGACGCGAAUCGCAGACGACGACGCAGGAGCGGAAGGCGCUCGUUUUCUCCGCUCAUGUAAACGGGAUUUAUUGAUUCUUAUUUUUUAAUACUGCUGAUCACAUUUACUCUGGAUACCAUAGUAAAGUGAUAGGGAGGAUGUUGGCUACAGGAGCGGCUGUAACCACAGCGGGUCUGGCGCAGGUGGACCGUGAGAAGAUCUAUCAGUGGAUCAAUGAGCUCUCCAGUCCAGAAACGCGAGAGAAUGCCCUGUUGGAGCUCAGCAAGAAGCGAGAAUCUGUGACUGACCUGGCACCGAUGCUUUGGCACUCGUGCGGUACUAUAGCGGCUCUCCUGCAGGAAAUCGUGAACAUCUACCCAUCUAUAAACCCCCCGACACUUACAGCCCACCAGUCUAAUCGAGUGUGUAAUGCUUUAGCACUGCUGCAAUGUGUCGCCUCCCAUGUAGAGACCCGCUCUGCUUUCCUGGCAGCUCAUAUCCCUCUAUUUCUAUAUCCUUUCCUGCACACGGUCAGUAAAACCCGACCCUUCGAAUACCUGCGGCUCACAAGUCUCGGCGUUAUUGGAGCGCUGGUGAAAACAGACGAACAGGAAGUGAUCAACUUUCUGUUGACCACGGAAAUCAUACCGCUCUGCCUGCGCAUCAUGGAGUCGGGCAGCGAGCUCUCAAAGACGGUGGCCACAUUUAUACUGCAGAAGAUCCUCUUGGAUGACACGGGCCUGGCUUAUAUAUGCCAGACCUAUGAACGCUUCUCACAUGUCGCCAUGAUACUGGGUAAAAUGGUCCUUCAGUUGUCAAAGGAGCCCUCCGCUCGUCUGCUGAAGCACGUUGUGCGCUGUUAUUUACGUCUAUCUGACAACUCCAGAGCGAGAGAAGCUCUCCGUCAGUGCCUGCCCGACCAGCUGAAGGACACCACUUUCGCACAAGUGCUAAAAGACGACUCCACCACCAAGCGCUGGCUCGCCCAGCUCGUGAAGAACCUGCAGGAGGGGCAAGUCACAGACCCCCGUGGCAUCCCGUUACCCCCUCAGUAAACCCACACACGCCUAUACGCUCGCACUCAUCUAAGGACUAGGAUACAAACUUACCCAGCAUCCCAUCACCCAGUAAACCACACAGGCUGUUUUUAUAUUCAAGGGCACUUACAAAAAGUAUUUUUUUUGCCAAGAAGUUCAGAAACGGUGCUCAGCAUUCACGGUUCAUUUUUCUGAGAUGCUAAAGAAAUUGACUUGGGAGACCGAGGGAGAGUCGCCCUCGCGCAUAUUCAGUUUGUUUUGUCGUUACUUUCUUUCCUCGUCACCUUUUUUGAUGAAGCCAAGAGGAGUUUAAGGACUCGUCUGUCGUGUGUUUUCCUCGCACAAAAGGAAACGUGUAUGUCAUUUUCAAAGCUGUAAAAUAAACUGUCAUCGUAAAUGUCAA